AUGGUACACGUACUGAUCUCUGCGGCGACAUUUGCGCUCGCUUACGCUGUGGGCGCCGAAAUGCAGCUCAUGCAGAUGUCAGUGCAUGGGCCGGACGGUUUAGAGGCGGCAACGCUACGGACUGAUUUCACCGCGGAUUUCGUGUUCAUUCCUCAACGUGGAUGCGCAGGUCCUGGCAGGGAGAGUGAGUGGCUUACCGUCGGCAAGCCGUACACUCCUGCAGCGUGUGCGAUUGGGUGCGCGACGUACAACUAUUUCACCAUUGCAUGGAAGGACGCCAACUGCAAGUGCGCGGACUUGUGUACAGAUGAAAACGGUGUACACACAUCUUAUGCUUUUGUUCAGGGCGUGCCUACAGUGACCUCCAUGGUGCUGCACGUGAACACCAGCCAGCAGAAAGGACGACGACAAGUCGAGGCGGCCGACCACGUGGUGAAAGGGGCCUCUUGGAGCCAGGUGGGGCAGGACAUCGAUGGCGAAGCCGCAGGCGAUCUCAAUGUGUGGUCGGUGUCGCUGAGCAGCGACGGCAGCCGCGUGGCCAUUGGAGCAUACGGCAACGACGGUGCUGGGUCAAAUUCUGGUCACGUUCGCGUCUUCGGGCUCUCGGGCAACGCUUGGAGCCAGGUGGGGCAGGACAUCGAUGCCGAAGCCGCAGGCGAUUACAGUGGCACGUCGGUGUCGCUGAGCAGCGACGGCAGCCGCGUGGCUAUUGGAGCAUACGGCAACUACGGUGCUGGGCCAAUGUCUGGUCACGUUCUCGUCUUCGGGCUCUCGGGCAACACUUGGAGCCAGGUGGGCCAGGACAUCGAUGGCGAAGCCGCAGUCGAUGGAAGUGGCACGUCGGUGUCGCUGAGCAGCGACGGCAGCCGCGUGGCCAUUGGAGCAAGAAACAAUCACGGUGUUGGGUCACGUUCGCGUCUUCGGGCUCUCGGGCAACACUUGGAGUCAGGUGGGGCAGGACAUCGAUGGCGAAGCCUCAUGCGAUUACAGUGGCCAUUCGGUGUCGCUGAGCAGCGACGGCAGCCGCGUGGCCAUUGGAGCAAUCUACAACAACGAAGGUGCUGGGUCAAAUUCUGGUCACGUUCGCGUGUUCGGGCUCUCGAGCAACACUUGGAGCCAGGUGGGUCAGGACAUCGAUGGCGAAGCCUCAGGCGAUCAUAG